UCAUUUCCGGUUUAUGCCCGCGGAAAUUGAUUUUGUAAACAUAUUUGCUGAUUUGAAUUAUUUUCACAACAGAUCUUGAAAUCAGUUGUAGAUAUGGGCAUAAACAUGGUGGAGAGAGAAUGAAAAUCUUGUUUAAUGAUAGAGGAGUGACAUUUGUAUUUUAUUUAGAAUGGAAAAAGCUUCAAGAGCUAUUCGCAGGAGUGGUGCGAAGUUGAAGUCUCUAGGAUCAGGAGAAAAUGCAGAUUUGAAUGUUAUGAUAUCUGAACUGAAAGACAUGAGAGAAAAUGCUAAAAGCUUUAUGAGUGCUCAAAAUUCUGCAAGUCAAGAUAUGAUGAGGUGGGCAGCCAAUGAAGAAAAUAGAGCCAUUCAGGAUGUAGCCAAUCACAUUGCAGAGUUAAACCUUUUAUGGGCAGACGUUCAGAGAGAUUUCAUUGGGCAUUUGAAGGAAUACAAGCAAAUGUUUGAAAUGGUCUCAGAGGGAGAAAAACAUGUAUCACAAGCCAAAGAACAUCUGAGCACCUGUGAACAAAAAGAAUCAAAACUGAGAAAAGAUCUAACAAAGGCUGAGAAGAGGAACAGUGAGGCUGACAGAAGAAAUCUGGAAAUCAAAGUACAUGAAGCUCAAAUAGAGAGGGAGAAAGCUGAAAUUGAAGUUACUGAGAGAAUACGGGAAAAUGAGGCAAUCAAGAUGAUUCGAUUAAAAGAGGGAUUUGUAAGAAUUGCUGAGGCUUAUGUAGAACUGGGGAAGAAAUGUUCAACAGUAUUUGGAGCUCAGAAGAAUGUUGCCAUGGAGAUACCUGAUGUCCAUGGUAAAGAGCUGGAGGAAGUCAAGUAUACAGGAUCCAGCAAAACACAGAACUAUCUAUAUAAAGCAAAGGAAAAAUUGCAGAAGUACAGAAGAGAGUCAUUCAGACUCAACCCACCCCCUCCUUUUCCAACAUAUUGCUGCAAGAUACCAGACAAGGAAACAGAUGAUCCACCCCCCUAUUCCCCAGUAAAACAGCAAACCCCUUCCAUGGAUGACAAAUCAACUUGCACUGACAAAGGAGAGGAAGAAAUGUCCCAGGACCAGAUUGUUACCGAGGGAAUGUGAUGCCAGUAUGUCGGGAUUAAUGCCUCAGACAUCAAUGUAACAGCAGGGAGAUAUGGCCAUCAGUCGAAAAUCAAACCUCCAUUUGAAAUUGGUUUUGAGGGGCUGGGAGAGGUGGUGCAGACUAGCAGUAAUUCACCCCUGUCUGUUGGGCAGGCUGUUAUGUAUUUCAAUCAUGGUGCCUUCAGUGACUUUAAGGUAUUAAAGGCAAAGCGAGUGUUUCCUAUACCCUCGCCGAUGCCUCAGUUUCUGCCAUUUUUAGUCAGUGGUCUCACUGCUUCAAUAGCCUUGGACAAGGUUGGUGCAAUCAAAAGUGGGGAUACCGUGCUUAUUACAGCUGCAGCCGGUGGAACAGGAAUGUUGGCUGUACAGUGGGCCAAGUUAGCAGGGUGCCAUGUGAUAGGAACUUGUUCAACAGAUGCCAAAGUAGACUUUCUCAGGAAAAUUGGUUGUGAUCGUCCCAUUAACUACAAGAAAGAAAAUUUGAAGGAAGUCCUUAAAACUGAAUAUAAGAAUGGUAUUGAUGUGGUAUAUGAAUCCAUCGGAGGUGAGGUGUUUGAUAUCUGUGUAAAUAGCUUGGCAUUGAAAGGACGUCUGAUUGUGAUAGGGUUCAUAGAGGGAUACCAAACAGACCUUGGCUUCAAACCUUCCAGAACAAUGGCCACAAUACCUGUUAGGUUACUUAAUAAAUCAGCAAGCAUUAGAGGAUUCUUCAUGGAGCACUUCAUGUCUGAUAUACCUCAGUAUAUCAGUAAAAUGAUUAAGUUGCAGCAAGAGGGAAAACUGCAGAGCUUUGUGGAUAUAGGUGAAAGAACAGAAAAGGGGCCAUUCAAAGGCUUAGAAAGCAUUUGUGAUGCAGUUGAGUAUCUUUACACACAGAAGAGCAUCGGCAAAAUCGUUGUUAAUUUGGAUGAAGGACCUAGCAGCAAAUUGUGAACAUUUUAAUUGAUGUAAACGCAUUUGAUCAUCUUGAACAACACCAGCGAUAGAUACAUAUGUAUGCAGUUCAUUAAAUGGAAUUUAAUGGAUGUUACUAAAGUAAUCAUAAACUGUUAGAAAUAUGAAGAAAAUGUUAUAUCAAAUUGAAUGAACAAACAAAUAAAAAGAAUUUCAAAUCAGUGAUCGGUAUAUUAGAAAUUUGCGUCAGUUUUAAAUUGACAAACAGUCUGUCCAGUUGCUAGAUCUAUAGUUCUAGUGAAGCGGCCUUCAAUGCUUCCAUUAUAUGUCUAUAUAUUAUUUAUCUUUGAUUAAAAAAUUAUAUACAGAGUCA